AUAUAUGCCUUCGUUCCUCGAUCGUCAGCCGCCGCCAGUUCCUUUGCCGGUUCGCGCACCACGCAACGCAAGUGCUCUUCCCUUCUUCUCUCUCGGUUCUCGCCUUCUCGGCCCUCCUCCUCUAUUCUUCCCUCUCGUCCACGGCCACAGGCUAGCCGGCCUUGAGCGCCUGUGACGGCGCAGGUUCUGGGGUUGCAACACGCCCCUCCGCCCUUCCGGCGCAUCUGCUGAAUUCCACUCUCCUCUUGCCCGCCGGCGUCGCCUCUUUUCUUUGCUAUCGUCGGCCUCGGACCCCAAAGACGACAACAGCAGGAGGGCAGCGCACCUGUGAAAGCGGCGCCUCUCUUGCCGUUAAAUUUCCGCGUCGCCUGGCUUCUCUUCCGCACUCUGCUUUCAAGCCCCUCUGCCAUGACCGUGCCCACCAAAGACGACAGCCAAAGCGGCACGGUGGCCGACACAGUGCCAUUACCGACAUACCGUUCGUUAGCAGCGCCGGUGAGGAAGCCUGUCGACAAGUUCGCGCUCCUCCCGGCCUUCCUCAAGGUUAGAGGGCUUGUGAAGGAGCACAUCGACUCAUUUAACUACUUUGUCAACAAAGGAAUCAAGAAGAUCGUUGAGGCAAACAACCGAAUUGAAGCGCGCAACGAUCCAUCCAUUUACCUUAGGUACCUUGGUGUGCAUGUUGGCAUGCCCUCGGUACAUGUAGAGUAUAACAUUGAAAAUAUCACACCACAUUUUUGCCGCCUUACUGACCGCACUUACUCUGCUCCCAUAAAAGUUCAUAUCGAAUACACUGUCGGAAAGCAGCAUGAAGUGAGAAGAAAGAAUAACUUUAUCAUUGGCUACAUGCCUAUUAUGCUAAGAAGCCAUGCCUGUAUUCUGUAUGAAAAGGAUGAAGCUGAACUAGCAAAAUAUGGUGAGUGCCCUCUUGAUCCUGGCGGCUACUUUGUUGUCAAAGGAACAGAGAAGGUCAUUCUAAUUCAAGAACAGCUAGCAAAGAAUCGUAUUAUUGUUGACACUGAUAGCAAAGGAAGGGUGAUCGCAUCUGUUACCAGUAGCACGCAUGCAAUAAAAAGCAAGACGGUGAUUUUUAUGGAUAAGGGGAAGAUUUAUUUACAGCUGAAUCAGUUCAACAAGCCAAUUCCUAUUAUAGUGGUGAUGAAAGCGAUGGGAAUGGAAAGUGAUCAGGAGACUGUACAAAUGGUUGGCAGGGACCCAAGAUACGGAGAUCUCUUAUUUCCAUCUAUUCAGGAAUGUGCUUCAGAGAGAAUAUAUACACGCCAGCGAGCCCUGCAGUACAUGGAUGAGAAGGUGACGUAUCCUGGUGCCACAAAUCAGAAGGAAGGUCGGUCAUACUCAAUCCUCCGUGAUGUGUUUAUUGCCCAUGUGCCGGUUAAAAAUGGGAACCUACGACCAAAGUGUAUAUACACUGCCUUAAUGUUAAGGCGCAUGAUGGACGCAAUCGUAAAUUCUGACACCUUUGAUGAUAAGGAUUAUGUUGGAAACAAGAGAUUUGAGUUGUCUGGCCAACUAAUAUCCCUUCUUUUUGAGGACCUAUUCAAAACAAUGAAUUCCCAAGCUGUUGAGCGCAUGAAUAAAAAUAGUGACAAGACUCACUCUAGUCCUUUGGAUUUUAGCCAGUUGAUAAUGCAAGAUUCCAUUACCUUUGGUCUGGAAAGGGCUAUUUCCACAGGAAAUUGGGAUAUUAAACGUUUUAGGAUGCAUAGGAAAGGUGUAUCUCAGGUUCUUUCGAGGCUAUCCUACAUGGCAUCUUUAGGCUAUAUGACGCGGAUAACACCCCAAUUUGAGAAGACUCGUAAAACAAGUGGUCCACGUGCUUUGCAGCCUAGUCAGUGGGGUAUGCUCUGCCCAUGUGAUACUCCUGAAGGAGAAGCUUGUGGAUUGACAAAAAAUUUAGCUUUGCUUUCUCAUGUCACAACAGACCAAGAGGAAGGCCCACUGAUAUAUCUGUGUUAUAGUCUAGGCGUGGAGGAUUUAUUGUCUCUCUCAUCUGAAGAAAUUCAUACGCCGGGUUCAUUUCUGGUCAUGUUCAAUGGAUUAAUACUGGGGAAACACAAAGAUCCUCAGAGGCUUGUUAUUGAUUUGAGGAAUUUACGUCGAUCUAAUGUAAUUGGAGAGUUUGUAAGCAUUUUUAUUAAUGAGAAACAGCAUUGCGUUCACAUUGCCUCUGAUGGUGGCCGUGUUUGUCGCCCACUUAUAAUUGCUGAUAUGGGGAUAUCAAGGAUCGAUGAGACUCACAUGGAAAAACUGAGGCAUGGAACUUGUGGUUUUGAUGAUUUCCUGCGUGAUGGGUUGAUUGAAUAUCUUGAUGUUAAUGAAGAAAACAAUGCACUGAUUGCAUUGUAUGAGCACAUGGAUCAAGAUGAUGUUGAAAGAAGCAGCAUCACACACAUUGAAAUAGAGCCAUUGAGUAUCUUAGGGGUUGUAUCUGGACUUAUUCCAUAUCCACACCAUAACCAAUCUCCACGUAAUACUUACCAGUGUGCAAUGGGUAAGCAAGCGAUGGGAAAUAUUGCAUAUAAUCAGUUGUUCAGAGCAGAUUCACUACUGUACUUACUAGUGUAUGCACAACGGCCACUGCUAACGACGAAAACUAUUGAGUUGGUGGGGUAUGAUAAACUUGGCGCUGGGCAGAACGCCACUGUUGCUGUCAUGGGAUAUAGUGGUUAUGAUAUUGAAGAUGCAAUUGUGAUGAACAAGUCAUCCCUUGAUCGAGGAUUUGGCCGUUGCAUAGCAUUGAAAAAGUACACAGUUUUAAAGGAUAACUAUGGAGAUGGUGUAUCCGAUAUGAUUGUUGAACCCCAAAGAGAUAAUGGUGUUUUGAUUAAACAGAAUAUGAGAGCGUUGGAUGAAGAUGGAAUUGCCGGACCUGGUCAAAUUAUUCGCAAUCAUGAUAUCUAUGUAAACAAGCGAACUCCCAAAAACACUUCAAAAGGUAUUGGUAGGGCAUUGAGAGAAAGUGACUACAAGGACUCACCUGCCUUGUACAAAGGUGUUGAUGGUGAGACUACUGUGGUAGAUCGUGUAAUGCUGUGCUCAGAUACAAAUGAUAAGUUAUCCAUUAAGUGUAUUAUUCGUCACACUAGAAGGCCAGAGGUUGGUGACAAAUUCAGUAGCAGACAUGGGCAGAAAGGUGUCUGUGGUACGAUUGUUCAGCAAGAAGACUUCCCCUUCUCUGAGAGAGGAAUCUGUCCUGAUUUAAUCAUGAAUCCACAUGGUUUCCCAAGUCGUAUGACAAUAGGUAAAAUGAUUGAACUUCUUGGUGGAAAGGCUGGUGUUUCUUGUGGACGGUUUCACUAUGGCAGUGCAUUUGGUGAGCCAAGUGGUAAUGCUGACAAGGUUGCAGACAUAAGCUCUACUCUAAUCAAGCAUGGUUUCAGCUAUAAUGGAAAAGAUUUCUUGUACUCAGGCAUUCUUGGUCAGCCUCUUGAGGCAUACAUCUUCAUGGGACCAAUCUACUAUCAGAAACUAAAGCACAUGGUUCUUGAUAAGAUGCAUGCUCGAGCUAGUGGACCGCGGGUGUUACUGACGAGGCAACCAACUGAGGGGCGAAGCCGUGAUGGAGGCUUGCGUCUUGGUGAGAUGGAACGUGAUUGUCUAAUUGCAUAUGGCGCGAGCAUGCUAAUAUUUGAACGUCUACUGUUAUCAAGUGAUCCUUAUCAAGUCCAGGUUUGCAGAAAAUGUGGCUUGUUAGGCUACUACAAUCACAAACUGAAGACUUCAUACUGUUCAAUGUGCAAGAAUGGGGAAAACAUGGCCAAGAUGAGGCUGCCAUACGCUUGCAAGCUUCUAUUCCAGGAGUUGCAUGCAAUGAAUGUAGUACCACGCUUGAAGUUAACCGAAGUAUGACAGAUGCUGGGACUGUACAAUGAGAGAGAUGCUGGAUUCGAAAUGUGUUUAGAGCUAUAUGAUAAAUUAAAGCCCUCUUUGAUAGGGGCAUAGGGCUUUUUUUUUUUUGUUAACUGGUUCGAGAGAAACCACGUUUAGGUGUGUGGUUUCAGCCGUCUAGCUAGUCUCUUCGCGGGCUUCUCUUCUCCCGCGGAGGUAUACAAGCUAUCGCCGGGCAAUUGUUGUAUAUAUAGUUUUUUCCCGAUGUCAUAUAUGAAGGAAUCUGGACCUCUUUGUUUAGAUGAUCGCUGAACGCCCUGCAGGGCUAGAUUACGAUCUUUGAAUGCUGAAUCAUUGGCAUGUGCCAUUAUUAUUCUAGAGUCACUCGAUAA